CCCGCGCGGGAGGAGCGCUCGACGCCGGGAGGCAGGUUCCCUCCACCUCGCCUUCCGGCAAACGUAGCUGGAACCUGCGCGCGCGCACUCUCCUCCCGCUCUGCGCUUGGCCACAUCCGGGCGGAUGCUGGCGUGGAGGGGGUUCAAGAUACGCCGAGCCUCGAAGCCCUGAACUCUGCCCACACCAGCGCUGUUUGCAGCUCCGCUGAGACAGUGGGAAUAAAGACUUAAGGCCUCUCUGCCGCCGGCGAUGGGUCCAGAUCUUCAGUUCCCGAACAGGAGGAGCCUCGUCCACCGUCCCGGCAUGUUAAGCCGAAGGGGUGGAAGUGGAUGAGAUCUCUGUAGAAGAAAGUGGAAGGAAGAAAGACCAGACUGCCAAGCACCGUAUCUCUAGCGUGGACCCACCUUUCAGCAUCGAGGAGCAGGAGUAAACACGAGUUGUUGAGUGUAAACACAAGCGGUCGGAACAGUAGGAUGCAAACCAGCAUAAGCAUGUGACGUGGAAGCCAAGGCUGAGGAGUUCCAGACAAGCCGAGUAGGACGUUUUAAGCAUUUAUGGAUGUAGUGUGAGUGAUACGGGGAGACGCUGAACGUUCGUUUCGUUUUCACUGUAUCCCUCUGCAUGAAGUGUUGAGAAUAGACCUCAGGGCGGGGCCAGGGUCGGGGCAGGGGCUGGUUACGAAGAAAUGACUUUCAAGAGUCAAAGUGCCAGGCAGGGAUAGAACUUCUGCUUCCAAAUGUGACAGACUAAGACCCUAGUGGACCAGGCCCCAGCAGAAAACAGCUAUAAAUUUGGACACAAUACAAAAAGCAACUACCCUAAUAUCCUAGGAUGCAAACGGAAGCAGGCUGCCUCUGGUCAGGAGAGCAAGCUUGCUUGGAGAAGGGCAGUUAAGGAACCACACAGGAAAGUCCCCCUUUCCUUGGCGUUUAGCUUGGAGCUAAGUGCAAUCCAGGAGGCAAGGUCUGCGGCAGCAGGGGUGCACAAGGGAAAACUCUCAGUUUUUCUUCUCUGGGGAACCAAAAAAGUGAAGCCAGGAAACUUUGAAUGCUGAAGAGAUUGGGAAAUACCGAAAGGGCAGGAGGCAGAGAGCGGAUCCCGAACUCCACUCACAUCUCUGACAGACUCUUGAAGCAGAAUCACAGCAGUUCAGUUAAAAACGAAAGAUCUGAACUGAGACUAGAGUUGUCCCCCAAGAAACAGAGUUCACAGUUCAAAUCCAGCCGAGAAAUAACCUGCAAAUGCAAAGGAAAUAACACUCCUUGCAGAAAAAUAACAGAAUCCAGAAUCUCCACAACUUACCAUUCAUUAAGUCCAAGAUAUGAUUCAAAAUUACUGACAUAAAAAUCAAGAAAAUGAAUCACAUUUUCUAGAGCCCAACCCUGAGGUGAAUCAGAUGUUAAAAACUGACGGAUAAGGAUUUUAAAGUGACUAUUAUACCUCUCCUCAAUGAAGUAAAACAAAACAUGUUUUCAGUGAAUGAAACUCUCAGAAGACCAAAAAAAAAAAAAUCAGCAGAGAAAAAGAUAAAAGAAUCAAAUGGAAAUUCUGGAACCAAAAAUUAAAAUUUUAGAAAUAAAAAAAAUCCACUGGUGGGUUUAACAGCCAAAUGGAAAUUACAGAGGAAAAAUUAAACGAACUUGAGGGUAGAACAACCAUCCAAGAAAUCAUCCAAGGUGAACAACAAAGAGAAAAACGAUUUAAAAAAAAAUAAACAGAGCCUCAGAGACCUGCUACAUGUUAUCAAACAACCCAACAUACAUGUAAAUGAAAUACCAGAAGGAGAAAAGAAAUAGAAGGGGGCAGAAAAAAAAUUAAAGAAAUGAAAAAUUCCCCAAAUUUGAUGAAAGACAGAAAUUUGCACGUACAAAAUGCUAAAUGUAUACCAAGUGAAAUCAACAUGAUGAAGUCCCUGCUGAAGUCAAACUGUUGAAAACCAGAUAAAAGCUUGAAUGUAUUUCUUUUAAUGCAUUACAUACAGGGAGAAGUACAUCCCAUUCAGUGAUGUAAAACCUCACGUGAAGAUUCAUAAAUUGCCCUAGAAUGUACCGCAUUUGAAUGAAGUCACUAACCUUUGCCUCUACAAAGUAGCUGCUAAGCCCUGAAGAAGCGAAUGACACUGAAAUUAGUAAGCUCCUUGAAGCACGGAACACUGACACUAAUUCAAGUAAUUAGAGGGCAGCCACAGACCACAAUGUGGAUAAUACAACAGAAAUACUCAGGGAGUGGUUGAAAAAUGUGCAGAGAGUCUACCACUAUGUGGAGUGGAGGCCUAUGGAUGAACCUGAGUCUUACCCUGAUGAAAUUGGACCAAAGCACUGGGCUGGCUCCCGUUUUGCUCAUGUGAUGAAACUACGUCAAGCAGCCCUUCGAACUGCGAGGGAAAAAUGGUCAGACUACAUUCUGUUCAUAGAUGUUGACAACUUCCUGACUAACCCACAGACCCUCAAUCUAAUGAUGGCAGAGAACAAAACCAUCGUGGCCCCCAUGCUGGAGUCUCGGGGCCUGUAUUCGAACUUCUGGUGCGGAAUCACCCCUCAGGGCUUCUAUAAACGGACCCCAGACUAUCUUCAGAUUAGAGAGUGGAAGAGGCUGGGCUGCUUCCCCGUCCCCAUGGUCCACUCCACGUUCCUGAUCGACCUCAGGAAGGAGGCCUCCGACCAGCUGGCGUUCUACCCCCCGCACCAGGACUACACCUGGGCCUUCGACGACAUCAUGGUCUUCGCCUUCUCCAGCAGGCAAGCAGGCAUCCAGAUGUAUCUCUGUAACAGAGAGCACUACGGCUACCUGCCCAUCCCCCUGAAGCCCCAUCAGACCCUGCAGGAGGACGUCGAGAACUUCGUCCACGUGCAGACAGAAGCAAUGAUUGACGGUCCUCCCAUGGAACCUUCCCAGUUUGUCUCAGUGGUCCCUAAAUAUCCAGACAAGAUGGGAUUUGAUGAGAUUUUCAUGAUAAACCUCAAGCGGAGGAAGGACAGGCGGGACCGGAUGUUACGCACGCUGUACGAGCAGGAGAUUGAGGUCAAGAUUGUCGAGGCUGUGGAUGGAAAGGCACUCAACACAAGCCAGCUGAAGGCCCUGAGUAUCGAAAUGCUGCCUGGAUAUCGUGAUCCCUACUCGUCCAGGCCUCUCACCAGGGGUGAGAUCGGCUGCUUCCUUAGCCACUACUCUGUCUGGAAAGAGGUGAUUGACCGAGAGCUGGAGAAGGCCCUUGUCAUUGAGGACGACGUGCGUUUUGAACAUCAGUUUAAGAAGAAACUGAUGACGCUGAUGGAUGACAUUGACCGGGCUCAGCUGGACUGGGAACUGAUUUAUAUUGGCAGGAAGAGGAUGCAAGUAAAAGAGCCGGAGAAAGCCGUGCCCCACGUAGCAAAUCUGGUUGAAGCCGACUAUUCCUACUGGACGCUGGGCUACGCCAUCUCCCUGGAGGGAGCACAGAAGCUGGUAGGAGCCAAUCCGUUUGGGAAGAUGCUGCCAGUGGAUGAGUUCCUGCCGAUCAUGUACAACAAACACCCUGUAGCCGAGUACAUGGAGCAUUACGAGUCCAGAGACUUGAAAGCCUUCUCCGCAGAACCGCUGCUCAUCUACCCGACACACUACACAGGCCAGCCGGGGUAUCUGAGCGACACGGAGACCUCCACCAUCUGGGACAAUGAGACGGUGGCCACUGACUGGGACAGGACACAUGCCUGGAAGUCCCGGAAGCAAGCUCACAUCCCCCGCGGUGGCAAGAAUACAGAGGCCCUGCCACCGCCAACCUCCCUGGACACUGUGCCUUCAAAAGAUGAGCUAUGAAUUCUCCACGGGGGCUUCACCACCCUUUGGUUUUUUAAUGGGCUAUUCAUCUGGGUUUGCUCCAGUUUCUUUUUAGUGUCAUGACGGCCAUCUAACCAGAGUGAUCUAAUGGUCCAAAUUAAUAUAUUUCUGACAGGGGAGGAGACUAGGGAAACGAAACGCGAAUUCCCUAGGGUGACUGGAAAAUAGGCUUUAUGGCAACUGUUAAGAUGAACUUCAGUCCAGUCGCCUUGCCCUUCAGCUCAUCACCCAUGUGACACUGGCUCCCACAUCAAGGUAGAACAGUAUGGCUCAGACUUGUCCGAAGGAAAGGCCGUCACCACGCUGUCACAUCAGUAAAUGGGUAGACCAGGCAGCCAAGCCAACGGGACCACAUCUGGUCUGCUGGGCGCAUUUUAUGUCCUAGAUGUGACCUUGAAAACUUGAAUACGUUCCAAGUUUGGGUGGCUGGGCGGGGAAUCAGAUCACUUAAAAUCAGUUUAAUUAGGCUUUUUCUUUAAAGGCACUGGUCGUGAGCCUCACUGCAAAGUGAGUUUUGCAUCUUAGUCCUCCUUAUCCGACAGGGAUGGGCAUUGGGGUCUGUCUGAGACGUGGCCUUUGACUCUCGUGGCAACUGAAGCUCAAAGAGGUGUCCCGUUUGCCAUGUGGAUAUAGUUUGGUAGAUACUUGAGGGUUUGUGUAGAUAUCUGAGGAAAACCCUCGAACUUUGGCCUUCUUUUUGGUGGUCACUUGGGUGGGGGUGCUCUAUUUAUGAAGAUAAAUUUAAUAUAUAAGGUGUUAGGGCUGGUGUGUGGCUCCUGUCCCAGGGGGUCACGUGCUGUAGGUCAGACUCUCCCUUCCACCUGAGCCUGGGGAUGAAUUGCAGGUGUGAGUUUUAUGAGUCACUGUUAAGAGGCAGAGCACAUUUUUAGGCCAGCAGCUGUCCUUGCCUGGGAUUUUCAUUCUAUUUUGAAUUAUUUAUUUUACAAAAUGUAGGGGAAAUGUUUGCAGGAAGAGGCAGAGAAACAGGUGUGCCAAGCUUUCACUGCCCCCUGGGGAGGGGUCAGUGUGGACACCCUGGGUCGGGUCAGGGAUCUGGUGUGGACACCCUGGGUCGGGGAUCUGGUGUGGAAACCCUGGGUCGGGGAUCUGGUUCUCCCGCGUCUCCCAGCCUGACUCUCACAGGGAGGCCUGCUGAGUGGGAGAGUCUGACCUUCCGGAAACAAAUGAUUCUCCGUUGCAGGUGCGAGAACUUGGUUAGAAACAACGGGCUGAUCAACUGAUGGAAGCCGACAGCCAGGGAAGCCCUGGGAGGCAGGAGCCCGGGCAGACCGCCUCUCUGCUUGGCUCCUAAGUGGAUUUCACGUAAAACGCAGAGCUGGGCGGCGCCAUCUCUUUCACUGCUUCAGCUCCGCCAUCUGCGAUCGUUGGAUGCCUCACGAUGAUUUUUGGUUUAUGUUCUCGUGCCCACACGCAGUAACACUUGGCCUCCAGAAACCCCCUCCCCGGGCUCCCCAUCCACACACGCUCCUCUCUCGGUGUCCUUGGUGUCGGGCUUUGCAGGGCCAGCAACCUGAGCUUCAUGCUUUGGGGCAGCGCCCGCCGUGGCCUUGCUGGUGGUACCAAGCUGACUGCCCCCCGGGCAGGGCCCCCGGCUGCAGGGCAAGCGGGCAGCGUCCUCCCACAGAGCACCGGCCCCGCCCUUCGCUGUUCCCCUGUGGCUGGUUCUUCUGCGUUGACCAAUGAGCCAGCAGGCUGAGGAAGGUGAUCUCCGCCGACUCUGAUUUUUACUGCUUCGACAAAGCCGGUAGAGCUUGGCUCUUUUUUUUCCCCCUAGAGAAACAGAAAGACCAUCUGGGGAGCUAGCGAAACCCCUAGGCAAUUCCUGAGGCGUCCUUGGGUAUUUCGUACUUCGUUUGAGUAUUUGAGUGUGUGCAAGUGUGUGUGCAUUUCAUGAUUUUUUAAUGGGGUGGGCGGUGGCUGAGGCAUUGGGGGUGGAGGAAGAUUGAAUUGAUUUUUGUGUGGCGUUGUUUAAUAGAGAACAUUGGUGUGUUUUUUUUUUUCUUUUUCCCUAUCAGCUGGUCUGGUGGGUUUAUGAAUUCUCAUUCUUAAAAGACAUUGUUCAUAAAAUCUAGAACUUUAGCUUAGGACUGUUCUACUGUGAAUAAAGUUCUGGCUCUGUCAGCCCAGCGUUGCUUCUCUCCACUCAGGUCUAGAAUCCCACGCAGUGUUCUUUUGUUGUGAGCAUUGUGAACUGCAGGCCCAGCAUUUCUUUCCAAAGUCGUCUCUUCAGCACCCCAGGGGUUCCUUGACCUCAUUAUCCUUCCUGCCUCCUGCCUGAGAGCCUUAAGUCGGGACAUUUGACCGUCGCAGUGUCCGAGGAGGACUCUGCCUCCAGCCACGGCACCUGCUGUUGGCCUCUGGAGAUUAGACCCCGUCUGGACCCCCGCUAUCUGGCUCCCUCUCUGUAUCUUGAGAUCCAAGGUGGGAUUUCUGGACAGACGACCCUGACGUCAGCAGUGCCGGUGCUGCUGAGUGUGGACCAAGCGUCCAUGACAUGCAGAGGACACAUUGCUUGGGCCUCGCUUGGUUCCCGGGACCCUGCUGCAGGAACUCUAGAAGACAAGACAGAGCCGGCAUCCCAGCAUCCUAUACAGUCUGUCACGCUGUGUCCUGUCAGGGUGGGGACGUGGUAAACGACUUGCCUUCUAGAGCUCUUUGUGAAAAAUUAAAAAAAAAAGUGCAACA